CUGAGUACGGAUAUAUUUCUUAGGUGACUUGAGCUGGGCAUUGUCCUUUGUUCCAAAAAUCUGUAUGCGCAUUUUCUGUGGACUAGACUUGAGCGCCCCCCUGGCGAAAGUGAGAAAAUACUGUAUUUUUUACAUCAACAUUAGUGGUGACGAACUAUGUUCUUCUUAACCGGCAAUUUUUAACAGCCAUUUUUUCCUCGCGCUUUAGAAGAGGCAUCGAUACAAAUCGCAUAUUAUUCUAGGCAAGGCCUACAUAAAACGCUCGUUUCACUUCGUAUCGUGAAAAUGACAAUGACAGAGGCAAUGUGGGGAAAGGCUUGUUUUGCAACAUACAUCCUCCGUAGCGUUGAGGAUCAGGGCGUCGUGGAAAAAUGAGGACAAACAUUUUACGUCAUCAUCUUGUAAGCAUUCCAUUACCUAUUUUAUGAAUGUUUAUUUUUUGGCAAACCGGCAUAUUUUCCAUGCAUAGUCAUUGAGCCGCACUCGCCUAUACAGUAAAAGACAAAAUGUGCAGCAACAGCGAGAUUGACAGCCGAAAGCCAUCUAAAAUGUCCGACGAGGACUUAUCAUUCUCCAAAAAAUAUAUCGUGGCCCUGUUACGCAAAGAGGAGGCCAACAAGAGGACAGCCCUUAUACAACGAGGACGGUUAAUUAAAGAAGUUAAUAAACAACUACAGAAGCAAUUACUCGAAAUCAGGGAACUCAAAGUGGUCAAUAAUAGGCUUCAGGGGGAGAACCAAGAACUGAGAGAAGUAUGUAGUUUCCUGGACGACGACCGAAUGAAAGUAAAAACACUUUCGCUAGAGUGGCAACUCUUUGGACACCACGCCGCCAAAGUGAUGCGCGAGGACUUGGGUGAUCAUCUGAAGAAGCUGGCUGAUUUGGAACGAGUGCAAGACGGAUUGGUAAAGGAGAAUUUCGAUCUCAAGGAACUGUGUGUUGUUCUGGGGGGUUGUGUCAGCAGAGGUGAUUCUAGUCCUGGUGGGUCGUCCGAGUUGAGUUUACAGUAUUUGGUGGCCCGGGACCUUGGAGACGGAAGUUCCAGCACUGGGAGCAUCGGUAGUCCAGAUCCUCCUCUUCUAGUGUGUUCCCCCGAUGUGAGGGUGUCAACAAACUCCUUCAGGCAAAUAUAAGAGAUGUUGUUAAUCUCACCUCAAGUCACAUAAAAGGGGAAUUAGUCGUUUUUGCUAUGUUAUAGAUGUGUUAUAUCACAGGACAUGUUCUUAUCGCGCACUCAAUAUGGCGGGAGCUGACAAUGGUGUUGAAAUAAGCAACAUACAUCAGAGAUGGCAAUGUUUUCUCUAAAACAGUUUUAUAUUGACCGUUGGUGGGAAUUUGUAUUCUUAUUCUCUUUUAUUAGAUUUCAUCAAACAUGAUCCCUUUUACUUGCAGUUUUGUCAUAUUGAUCUUCACACUAAGUGUUUAUUUUCCCUGCAUUCAAUAAUACUGUACACUUUUCUCUAUGAAUAUCAGACUUAUCUAUCCUAUCCUUUGAACUGGUUAGCCUUUUCUAUGUUGUGUCUGUGCCCCUCAUAGCCUGUCAUCGUAUUUGUAAGAUAAAGACUGGUGUUGAAUUGUCCAAAACUGUAUAGAUCUAAUUGUGAAAACCCUUAUGUUUUUAUCCUGUUUUGAUUAAAAGAUUAUGACAAUGA